GUGAUGAGGUGGGGAGCGUGGGGCGAUGGGGUUCAGCCCCUCCUGUUGCCUUCUGCACCCCUGGGAGACUCUGCAGGAACCGGGAUGGGGAGGGAGGUUUUAACGCACGGAGUGCUGAGAGGAAUGGGGAGCCGGGCUGCCCUGGGGCGCGGUUUUAAAAUAUUUUUAGCGAAAUCUGGGAAUAACGAAAUAAAACACAGCGCAGACGCUGCCUUCAGACCCCCGGUCCAAGCGGGUCGGCGCGAGCGGGGCGCGUUCGCCUUUAAGGGCUCCUUUGCACUUGGCACGUGGGAUCAUUUGCAUACAGCGCGCGCUUUUGGUUGUUGUUUUUUGCCGGGCCGGGUGCGGAAGUGGCGCGCGUGGCUCCGCGGGGCUCCGAGCGCCUCGUCUUCCCCAGCACGGAUGGGCAGGGAGGGGAGCAGCGCUCCGCGUUCCGCCUGGAGCUGCGGCUGCCCCCGGAGGACGGGGUGUGGAGGCCCCCCAUAGCGCUGCUGUGACCUUCGGCCGGGUAACGCGGCCUUCCUGAGGGUCCUCCCCGUAACCGUGCCCCCCCCCGCCCUGCUGCGGGGCUCUGGGAGCAUCCAGCGGGUCACUGCAGGCGCUGCUCCGCCUCCUGUUUCCCUGCGGGCGGAUGGAGCUUCCCUGGCUGCAGCUCCUUGCCAAGCCGUGCCGCCUGCUGCUGCACGCUCUCUCCUCCGGCCCCGCUGGCACGCUGGCUGCUCUCCGUGCGCUGCAGCGGCUGCAGGCCCAGGAAGGACCGGGACACGCGUUCCCCUGGCGGAGUUUUGUGGGCGCGCUGUGUGCGGAGGAGCCCACGCUGGACGGGCCGGACGGAGCCCUGGCUGUCAAACCGCGGCUGCUGCUGCUCCCCAUCCUGUGCCAGAGGAACCUCUUCUCCCUGCUGCAUGCAGUAGCAGCGAUGGUACCUGCAGACUGCCUCCACCAGCUGCUGCAUGCUGCAGAGCAGGAGCCCCAGCCAGACCCCUGGGUGCACGCACUGGGGGUGCUGCUGCUGCGGGGAGAGGAGCGUUCCUCCCCACCUCCCCCUGCCCUGACAGCUUCCUGCCAGCAGCAGCUCAAGUGUCUGUGCCAGAAAAUUGCCCAGAGCAAAGCAGAGGGGAGGAGGAAACUGAAGUGGUGCUUCAGCAAACAGAAUGGGGAUGCGGCUGAUUCUGUGCUUCCAGGGGGGAAGCGCAAGAAGGCGCUGGAGGAAAGCCUGGAGCUGAGCGAGGAGAGGGAGGGGAAGAGGCCAUUGCUGGAGGAUGCGGUGUUUGAGUUGCAGGAAGGUCUGGAUGGCACAGCUGGGGUGGGAGAAGAGGUGCCUGGGGAGACAUCGGGUGAUGGAUCUGCACAGAGCCCGGCUGGGGCUGCCUUGGAAAGCCCCCAGCAGGAUGCAGACAAGGAGCCCAAGAGGAUUUCGGGGCUGGAGGUUGCAGUGGAGGUCCAGUCCUUUAUCCAGAUGCAUGGACCAAGGCUGAGAAUGCUGCUUCUGCAAGAAGUCAACCGCACAGAGCCGAGCAUCCCACCUGAGCUGCACAUCCUCAACAGCUGCUCUCCAAGCCAGCUCGAGGGGCUGUGCUCCUUCCUCCAGCUCUCCACGUGCCCGGAGCAGCUCUUGGUGCAGUUCUGCAGCUGGUUGCUGGCUCUCACACCCGACCUCAGCUAUGCCAGCGCAGCUGUUCUGGCUGAGCAGCUCUUCCUCGCACGAGUCCUGUCCCUUGCACAGCCCCCCUCCCGCCACCUCAUGGCUGCCCUCACCUCAUUCUGCUCCAAGUACUCAGAACCCUUCUGUCAGGUCCUGGUGGCUCCCAUCCUGCAGGAGCCAGGGCAAGGCGCAGAGCAGACCAAGUUGGUGUGUGACCUCGUAGAGGAGUGCCUGGAGCCCGACUACGUGAGAAUGGUGUUGGGCCAGGUGCUGGCAGUCCCUCUGACCGAGAAGCUGCUGCCGGUGGUGCUGGCGGUGCUGGGCAGGCAGGAGCCGCUGCCCUCCGAGCUCUUUGACCUCCUGGUGCUCACCCUGUGCCAGCAGGCUGCAGCCUUUGGCACAUCGCUGAGCUACGCCAAGCUGGUGACAGCCGUGCUGACCACGUACGGCAGCCAGCUCAGCCCGUCCCACCGCAGCCGUCUGGCAGCAGCUCUGGAUGGCAGCAAUGCAGCCCUGAGGAGAUCCAUGCAGGCGGUGCUGGGCAGGUGAGCAGUGAGGAGCAGUUGGAGGCUUCCAUGGAUGGAGGGGAGGAUGGCUGUGUGUCCCUCACCUGCACAAUGGGGACACAGUGUGUGGCUAUAUAAAAGCCAGGGAGGGCUGUGGGUGUGUGGGAGCUGGGCUGUGGCUGCACAGCUGCUCUGAGCUGUGCAAAUAAUGAUUUCCUCAGA